AUGUCAAAGAAAUACCCAAAAUCUCACGUCCGUCAGGACGGCCCGAGCCGAGACGCGCAGAGCCGAGAACACAACCGCUCUCGCCCAACUUCGCAGUCUACCAACGAGCCAUCUAACCACCAAGCCACUUCCUCGCAAGAACACAGGUCGUCUAGACCCGAGACUUCUGACGCCAACUACAACUCACAACCUCCCUUCCGCCCACCCCACCGCCUAUACUCCACCCACGAGCAGCAGCAACCCUCACACCCAGUCCCCCGGCCCUGGGAAACCAUCAACCCAGAAAUCUACGCCGUAAUCAACAACCCUGCGUUGAAUCUCGCACCCCUAGCACCGGCACCGGCACCACCACCUCACUCCUCCACCCACCACCACACCUCGCAAAGCUCCUCUUCCACACCCGCCUUACAUCAGCACACUACUCAGCACACCAACGCAUACCCACAACCUCCCCCGCCAUACCAACCCCCCACCCCUCCACACCAGCACCUCUCCCCCUCAACCCUCCAAGCGCACAACCAACAUCUACCCCCAACCACCACCACAGCGAGGUACUUGCACGAGGCCCAACGCGCCGGGCCAUGGAACACCGUGUACGAUGAGCGGAGUACCUGA